UAUAUUAAUCGGCAACUGCUUAUUAUCGAUAACAAAUAUAAACAUUGAUAUGUGUCUGUAGAUAGCACAUAAAAGUUCUCUUCAAAAUUAAUAUUUGUUUGGAUUUUUCAUCAAGAUGGCUUCUGCAGGCAAGAAGGGGAAAAAGAAUAAAGGAACUGUAAUUUCCCUACAAUCGUUCCUUUCCAAUGGUGAUACACCCGUGGGAACUACACAAGUUGCAAAAAAAGUCCGAAAUUUUGAUGGUGAUGACAGUGAUGACGGGAGCCACGCGGUUAUUUAUCAACUACCUACCGCACCAAGAGCCAAUCGGAUACUUGACGAUGAUUCGAUUCCCCACAAGGCACCUUUCAUAGCCUAUAUUAAUAAUUUACCAUUUGAUGCCAGCGAGGAUGAUAUUUACGAAUUUUUUGGUUCCAUUAAUUUAGCUUCAUUGAGGUUGCCACGUGAAGAUGGUGAAACUGGCCGAUCCAGAGGAUUUGGCUACGUCGAGUUGGAGAAUAGGGAAGACCUAAUUCACGUGCUUAGCUUACCGGAUCCGUCUAUUAAAGGGCGUCGUAUUCGCAUUGAACUGUCCAAUGAAAAUGAUCAACAAAAUCGUCAAAAAGGCAAUCGUCGUUUUGAAGGCUUUGGAAAUUCUAGUGAAAAUCGAGAUUCGGGAAAUUGGAGGCGGGAUAGUCAAAACAAUGGAAGUGGUUACGGAGCAGGCGGAGGCGGUGGAGGAGGAUAUUCCGGAAAUUUUGAUCGGGAUCGCGGAUUCAAUCGUGACCGAAAACCAAUAACAGAAAGGGAAGAAAAUAAUACUCCUGGUUCAUGGCGUACAAAUAACCGGCAGCAGUCGACAGACUUUUCGCCUCCCCGAAGGGACCGUGAUCAAAUGUCUGAUAAAUACCGUGGCAGAAAUAACGAUUCCAACAUCAGAGAUGAGGCUGCAGAUUCUGAAGAAAGGCCAAAACUAAAUCUAAAACCACGAACACUACCGCUGCCGGAAAUAGUUACGAAACCGGAUCAUGAGCCCGAAAAUUAUGACAACGAAAGCGAAUCAAAAUCAAAUGCUAAGCCCAGUGGUACACCAUCUGUAAAUGUAUUUGGAUCGGCUAAACCUGUAGAUACAGCCACCAGAGAGCUAGAGAUUGAGGAGCGUUUAGCAGAAGCUCGGCGACAGGAGAAAGUUCGUCAUGAUGAGGAAGUCAUAAAUGAUAAAAUGUCCGAAAUCCAUGUUGACAAAAAUGAUAGUGAAAAUGCUAAUGCUAAUGCCACAACUAUAAGCUGGCGUCGUACUCAGGAUUUGUCAACUGGCGAUGAUAACAAAGGCUCAGGCGCACAGGAUGAGAGUCGUCGGGAUGAUCCAGACUAUAAUAGAUUCAAUAAACAGCGGGACCGUAAUGACAGAUCUGAAAAUGCUAAAACUAAAAACUACCAUGAAGGAAAAACUAAGGAGGAAAAUAAACAUAAAGGAGAUUAUCGAAACGACCGUCUUCAGGCCAAGAAUGCACAGGCUGAACCUGUUUUGCAGUCUUCCAAUAAAUAUUCUGGACUUGACGAUGAAUCAUCCGAAUAAAAAUAUUUCUAUAUUUGUAAUAAAUGAUUAAAAGAAAAAAAUUAACAGAUACAUUUUACAA